CGGCGGCUGCUGCUGCUGGAAGGAAUCUGUCACGGAACUCCACGAACCCAAGACAGCGAGGGAGAGAUGGAGAGUUUGCAUUCAGAGCGGAAUGAGCGGCUCCGCGCCCACGUGUAGCAAACGGGGGGCAGUGUAACAAAAUAUGUAACAACUUGUGUAACAAACUGUGUAACAUACAGUGGGCCGCCCGCCUGGCGGCGCGCGCUGCGGAACCCUGGCCCGGGGAUUUGGAACGUUGACCCGGGAACUGAGUUACCACGCGCUGCCUGACAUUAUAUCGAAGGGCAUCCCUUUGCUUGUCUACGUGUGGAACCCCUACUGCAAUUAUCUAUCCAGCUCUCCCAUCCGUUAUAUUCCCUUCUUGUUGUUUGCAAUGUUUAGCACUCCUCACGUCCCACUUUUGUUUUAAUUUUGCGUUUUUUUUUAAAAAAAAUAAACAAAUUGCAUCGCAAUGCAUAUUUGCUUUUCCAACGUUACAAGUGCAGUUUUGCUUUUAUUCCCUCUCCCGAGUGUGCAGCUUCACUAAUGGGCCCAUCUGCACCGAAAGGAAGGAAGAGCAUUGCUGCCGGAAUGGUUUGAGUGGUGCAUCAAUGUAAUUGCUUCCUGUCGCACCGUUGAGAGAGAGGGGGAGAGUCAUGACGGCGAGAGGGACUGCUAGCCGUUUUCUGCAGAGUGUCCUGCAGAAUGGAGUGGGCAGGUAUAUCUGCCAGCUGAAGAGAGUCACUCUGGUCUUCAGUAAAGAUGCCCCCAGCAGCAGAGGGGUCAGAGAGUUUGUUGAAGAAGGCGUGGUGGACUUUGCGAAGCGGAAUCCUGGCAUGGUGGUUUAUGUCGCCGUGAAACGGUGUAAUGUUCCAAAGCUGGUUGGGGAAUAUCUGAACGGGGCCGUGAGGGAAGAGGCCCUGAACAGGAAGACAGCCGAGGAAGUCGGCCAACUCCUUCAGAAGAUGCGCAGCCAGUCGGGCCUGGACAUCAUCCGUAUUCGCAAGCCAUACCACACUGACAGCCCAAGCAUCCAGAGCCAGUGGACCCCAUUCACCAACAAACCCAGCGCCCUGAAUGUGCAAAACAUUGAAAAGGUUCGAGGGAGGCCAGAGGGCAAGCUCUGAAGCAAAGUGAAGGCCUUAAACCAGACUGAGGUGAAUGGACUGAGCAAAAUAAACUGACUGCUGUCUUUAUUUAAAUAAAAGCAAAAUCCCCACCACAAGAUUUGCAAACAGCUUCUGCUUGAGGCAGGAGCAGUGUCUGUCCCUUGAGCUUUGGGCAUGGAAAUCAGACACGAUCUAAAGUAAAUCAAAGAGCUGCAGAUUCCGGAAAUGCAAAAUAAAAGCAGAAAGUUGCUGGAGAAACUCAGCAGGUCUGGCAGUAUCUGUGGAGAGAGAAAUAGUUCAUGUUUUCGAGUCCAGUGACCCGUUUUUAGAGAGCUUUUUUUUUAAAAAAAAAACAAUUCUCUCCAGGUGCGAAGCACUAGCUCUGCUUUCUCUCCGCAGCUGCUACAAAAUAAAUUAAUUUUCCCCACGCUGUGCGAACUGACCGCAUCCAACAGCGAGCUGCGCAGAGGCAGGGUGUGCCAGGGUCAGAAUCCAUGUGGCUAAACUAGAAACAGGUCAGGCAAUGGUCACGGUGUCCUAACCACGACUCAGCUUGCUCUGUGCUGCAGGGUAUGACUGGUUCUGUGAUGCUGCUCGCAGUCGAAUAGCUAUCCGUGUGAUGAGGGCUCACAUUGUCAGAAGCAGCUAUUUGGCUGAGACAUCCAAUAUCACGGUGGUACAAUCGGGAACAGCCAUUCUCUGCAACAUAAAAGGGGAUAGUGGGUGCAGCGGUAACAUCACCGGGCCAGGCGCAGGUAUCUGAGGACAUGGGGUUCGAGCCCAAUCACGGCAUGUGAAACUUUAAUUCAGUAAAAAUAUGGAACAUGCAACUGUUUAAUAAUGAGCUGUCGAUCGCUGUAAGAACUCAUCUGGGUCAGUCAUGUCCUUUUGAGGAAUCUCCAAUUUGUUACAGGGCUGAAGGAGACCACUCAGCCCAUCAUGUGUAAACCAGCACACUGAGUGAGCGUCACUGGCUGGGUGGGAGUAGCAGUGGGAGGGUGAACUGCGAUGAGGAUGCAGACAUCCUUCAGCAUGAUCUGAACAGGUUGGGUAAGUAGGCACACCAGUGGCAUGUGCAGGAUCGUUUGGAUAAAUGUGAGAUCAUUCACUUUUGAAGCAAAAACAAGGCACAAGAACUUUCCCCCCACGGUGAUUGAGAACGCCCUUGACCGCGUCUCCCGCGACACAUCCCUCACACCCCGCCCCCGCCACAACCGCCCCAAGAGGAUCCCCCUCGUUCUCACACACCACCCUACCAACCUCCGGAUACAACGCAUU